AUUUUCUCAAAUUGCAUUUAUUUCAUGAUUUCAGUAUUUUAUGAUUUUACUUUCAUGUAUUUUAUUUAGAGUAAUAAAAGCUCUAGAUCAGACCAAAAUGUAUGUAAACAAGAUAAUUCAGAAUUUACAAUGCUCAAUGUGCGAAUAGCAUCAGGGUGUGAUUAGUGAGCCCGAUUAUAAGAAAGCUGUUAGAUAAUUACCAAGAAGAACCUUUCAAGAAGAGACUUAAUGUUGAAAAUUGACACUGACUUCAUUUUUGCCUUUUUAACUGCUUUUUACAUUUUGAUAUUGUUUCUUUUUAAAAUUUACUUUAUUUAUAAUUUUUGUAAAUUAAAUUCAAAAUGUAUGGUUCCGUAGCUAACUCACUGGACGAGAUUCGUCUAGACUUUGAGGCUCGAUGCAUUCUCAAAGAGCUUGAACGACUCAAAUCCCUGCCAGAGAAUCAAAAACACCGUUUUAUUUGGGAAUUGAUUCAAAAUGCCAAGGAUUGUGCUCGUCCCAAUGUGCCGGUCAACAUUUCAAUAAACCUUGAAAAGGAUAGAUUCAUCUUUGCCCACAAUGGAUUGGAGUUUCGUGUAAAAGAUUUGAUUGCUUUGGCCCGUCGAGGAUCAACCAAAGUCCAUGAUGAAAGCCGUUUGGGUACAGGUUUUAUAAAGACUCAUGUGUUAAAUAAAGUGGUUACCAUUAAAGGACAAGUGACUACACCUCGAGGUUUCCGUGAUUUCAAAUUAAUUUUGAAACGAACAGCUGAUAACUUGAGUGAUAUGAAAAGACUUUUAGAGGAAACAUAUCAACUUAUUAUUGACCUUACACAUCCUCAUAGCGAGAUCUUUGAUUCCUCUGGUCGUAAAAUAUCCCCCUCUUCAUCACCAUCUUUAUCUGGAUCCUCAUCCACCUUGGCUGGUUACUCGUCAUUUGAAUACCAUUUGGAUCCUGAAUCUUAUUCAAUUGCUCAUUCAGCAUUGGAGGACCUUAAACGAAACAUUAUCUUUACCUUGGUAGUCAAUGAAUCAAUUGAAUCAAUCACAAUAAAUAUCAAUGGAUCACAAAACAAAUACGCUCUUAGGCGUAAAUCUGUCUACAAGAAAAUUGUAAGGGCCAAGGUUCUUGGUAUAACUCAUUCCAUGUUGAUUCGUCACUUUGAUUCUUUCGGAAUUACUCUUGGAAUCAAUUGUACCAAAACUGGUUCAAACGAUUACUUUCUCACCCAAAUUCCCAAUCAAACUAAAGUGUUUAAAGAUUUUCCUCUAACUGGAACAGAAGACUUUCAUUGUGCUCCAUUAAUUCAAAGCUCUCAUUGGUGUCCAAAUGACUUUAAAGAUGGUAUUCGUAUAAAGAAAUCACUGGAAUCCGAUAUUGAUCCAAUCGCAGACACUAAUCGAUCAAUUUUGUGUGCUUAUCGUGAUCAUUGGAUAACCUUUAUCCAAGAACUGAUUGAAUUACAAGUUCUUAAUCGCUACAUACUGGCCAUAAGUGGUUUACCGCGUUAUUCAAACCGUUACUCUGAUAAUCUUUGGUUUAGACGAGAGAUUCAAUUACCUUUGAGACAAUUUAUCCGCAGUCAAGAUUUAGUUAGAAACACCAAGUGUACCGAUGAACUAUAUUUCUAUUCAAGAAUAGACGAUUGUCUAUUCCCAGAUUGUCCGGUUCAACCUGAAGCUUGGUAUUUGGUUGCUGCAAAAAUUAUAACCAAAUCAAAAGAUUGUCCACAUUUCGAUGAAGCACAACAAUGGAUUCAAGUUAUUAAUCAAGAUUACAAUGAUUGGGAACUGCCAGUUAAAUUUAGUGUCGAUGAAGCUAUCCAGCUGAUUGAGGCAACAUCAAUUGAUUAUAUCUCUAAGAAUGAAGAUCGCGCAAUUAGUUGGUUAAGCGAGUUGAUAGGCUUUUUAUCGAAAAACGUUUGCUUUCAACAAAUUAUCGAGAAACGUGCCAUUCUUCCUUCUCAAAAUGGAAUCCUUAGAUCAUUCCAUGGUUCAUCGAGCAAAAAUCAACAGCAGAUUCAUCGUGAUGGGGAUAUUGAUGAAAUUUUAAAAGACAUUUGCAUUGAAUUAGGAGACGAUCUUAGAGACAAUUUACUUCACAAGCAAAUUACCCACAAAUUAUCUUGGAUUCCUGUGAUGCAAGUUGAAAAUAUUUUCAUCAAUCUAGAAAUAUUGCUUCACAGAAUUGAAAGAGCGUCGACUAAACUGGAUUCACUGACUAUUCAGUCGGCUCAUGAACUAAGUCUACUUUUUUAUGAUCAGCCAGAUACGAUUACAACCAAAAUGACAUACAUUUUGAAAAAAAUCCAUCCUUCAAUUGAAAGUCAUCCAAUCAGUGCCGAAUCAUUCAAAGUCUAUCCUCGGUCAUUCUUUCUCCGUUGGUCAAUGAAAUUGCUGUUAACUUGCAUCGGAAUGACUGUCGGAGUUGAAAAUAAAGAAGUCGUUCAUGUUGACCAAUUGCUCCGAUCUUAUCCAUUGAUUGUCAAUAUCUAUAAUUGGAUCAAUGAUAUAAUUUACUUGCUGGAAGAGUAUAACUUAACUAAUUUGCUUGAUCAAUACCGGCUGAUUCCUCUUCAGAAUGGACAAUUAACUUCACUCACAACUGAUAUUUGGUUAGAAGAUGAACCGACUAAUUUUGAAAAUCAAGAGAUCUCAUUCAAAAAGCUUGUUAAUAUUUAUGUUAAAGAUAAUCAAGGAAAUCCAGUUGAUUGUUCAAAUUGGCUUGUUGAUAAUAGGAUAAAGUGUAAACCAUCAACUGUUAGACGUGAAUCAGUUUCCAGGUUAACAUUCAUGUUGGACUCAAUUUUCAAGCCAAUUGUUGCUGGGAGUAAAAAAGACGAGAACGUUGAUGAGGAAUCUUGCAAAAAUUGGAUCAAAUUAUUUCAUCAAUUGGACAUUUGGUGCAGUAAUCAUCCAGAUCAGUGUAAUUUAUUUCCAAUAUUAACAGCUAACAGAGACUUGUUGAUGGCCAAAGCUUAUGGAUUUAAAGGUUCGCAGAUAGCUUUGGCUGUUAUUAAUUCGGGGAAAAGCUGGGAAACAAUUGAUAGAUUGAUCAAUUUAAAGUUGAAUAUUGAUUUUUUAGAGUCACUUGAUGAGAUUAUUAUUGAAAAUGGUCAAGAAUGGCUACAAAAUGUGAUUGAAAGAAAAGAUGAAGUUGAUGUCUUUUUGAAAUCGCAAAUCAAAAUAGAUGAUCUGAAAGAGUUUGCGACCUUACUUGAGACAAUUAGCGUUGAAGAUUUGAAAAUGAAAAUAAAAAAAUAUGAUUCAUUAUUAAACAUUUCAACAAAGAAUGAGGAAAAAUUAGUUGAAAGCAACGAUGUUCAGCCAGAAAUCGGAUCUAUAUGGACGACCAAAUUGGGUUCAAUUGUUGAAAAUUUGCUGUACCAGACAUUUAAAGGUUAUCCAUCAUUUAAAAUUGAACGAGCUGAAAUUGGUAAAGAUUUCAUUAUAUCAAAUCCACACAACAAUCAACGUUUCUCGAUUAAAAUUUGCCCUCUCAAUGAGAGCAAGCAUUUCAUUAGAUUGGCCAAGAUUGAUGCUUUAACUGCUUGCGUCGAGAAAAUGGCUUACACUUUGUGUGUAAUUGACUGUAAUUAUUCUCAAUGUAAUCAAGAUUAUUUCCUAAGUCAGGCUAAAUUUGUUUUGAAUGUUGGACAGAUGAUAGAGGAAAAGGUGAGAAUGAAGCAGAUGAUUGAAAAUAAUGGUUCAAUUUGUGUCUCACCAGCGAGUUCCAAUUUUUCUGUCCUUAUUUUCAAAGAUGUUUGGAUCAAGGGAACCAAUUUUGACUCGUUCUAUCUCCAAGCCUCACAAUACCUAUUUUCAUCUUAAUAAUUUGCUGUAAAAUUGUAAAUCACUAAAUUUUUAUUUCAGUUUAAUGUUGACAACCAAAUUUCUUGAUUUUAUUGGGAAUGCUAUUAAAAAUUAACAU